CUCGUCCACCUCCGCCUCGUCGCACCUCCCUCAGAUCGACCCCAACAACCAUGUGGUCAUGAUUGACAACUGUACCAGCUUCACGUGGAACCUCUACCAGUACCUGUGCCUCAUGGGCGCCAACAUGACCGUCAUCCGAUCCGAGGCCCUCACCGUCGACGAGCUCGAGGCCAAGUACCCCGACAUGACCCACCUCAUCAUCUCGCCCGGCCCCGGCCACCCGCUCAGCGACUCGGGCAUCUCGGUCCCGGCCAUCUCGCGCUACGAGGGCAAGAUCCCCAUCCUCGGCGUCUGCAUGGGCCUCCAGUGCAUCACGGUCAAGUACGGCGGCGACGUCGACCAAGCGGGCGAGUACGUCCACGGCAAGACGUCGUCGAUCCUGCACGACGGCAAAGGCCUCUUCAAGGGCCUCGCCCAGGGCAUCGCCGGCACCCGGUACCACUCGCUCGCGGCCCGCAUCAACUCGCUCCCCGACUGCCUCGAGACGACGAGCCGCACCGAGGGCGGCAUCAUCAUGGGCCUUCGCCACAAGGAGUUCGCCAUCGAGUCGGUCCAGUACCACCCCGAGUCGAUCCUGAGCGAGGAGGGCAAGCUCAUGUUCGCCAACUUCCUGUCGUGGAAGGGCGGCAAGUGGGCCGACCUCGACGGCGCCCUCGAGCCGACCUCGUCCUUCUCGGCCGUCAAGCCCGUCAACAACGGCGCCGCCACCGCCGAGGCGGGCGCGGUCCCGACCAUCCUCCAGAAGAUCGAGCAGCAGCGCAUCCUCGACGUCGCCAAGUCCAAGGCGACGCCGGGCUACAAGCCCGCCGACCUCGAGUCGCUCAUCGCGCUCCACGUCCCGCCGCCCCUCAUCUCGUUCCACCAGCGCCUCCAGGCGUCGGCCGCGUCGACGUCUCCGACGACGCGCAGCGACGAGCCUCACAUGGCGCUCCUCGCCGAGGUCAAGCGCGCGUCGCCGUCAAAGGGCGACAUCGUCGACUCGUCGUCGCCCUCGGCGCCCGCCAUCGCCCUGUCGUACGCGCUCGCCGGCGCGUCCGUCAUCUCGGUCCUCACCGAGCCCAAGUGGUUCAAGGGCUCGCUCGACGACAUGCGCGCCGUGCGCGCCGCCGUCGACGCGCUCCCGAACCGGCCCGCCGUCCUGCGCAAGGACUUUAUCCUCGACCGGUACCAGAUCGACGAGGCGCGCGUGUACGGCGCCGACACGGUCCUCCUCAUCGUCGCCAUGCUCGACGACGCCCAGCUCGGCGACCUGUACCGCCACGCCGUGCACCGCGGCAUGGAGCCGCUCGUCGAGGUCAACAACGCCGACGAGCUCGAGCGCGCCCUCGCCGUCGGCGCAAAGGUCAUCGGCGUCAACAACCGCAACCUGCACGACUUCAACGUCGACAUGCAGACGACGAGCCGCAUCGCCGACGUCAUCCGCGACAAGUACCCGCCCGAGCGCGCGCGCGAGAUCAUCCUCAUCGCCCUGAGCGGCAUCACGGGCCGCAAGGACGUCGAGAUGUACAAGCAGCAGGGCGUCAGCGCCGUCCUCGUCGGCGAGAGCCUCAUGCGCGCAAAGGACAAGGGCGCGUUCGUCCGCGAGCUCCUCGGCGUCGGCGCAUCGGCCUCGUCGUCGUCCACCUCGUCGUCCAGCCUCGUCAACGGCGCAGCGGCGGCCGUCCAGUCGGCAGCAUCAGCCGUCGUCGGCGCCGUCACGGGCUCGUCGUCGUCGCCGGCGCCCUCGUCGUCGUCGAGCUUCAAGCCGACCGCCCCGCUCGUCAAGAUCUGCGGGCUCAAGACGCCCGAGGCCGCGCUCGUCGCCGCCGACGCAGGCGCCGACCUCCUCGGCCUGAUCCUCGUCCCUGGAUCGAAGCGCAACGUGCCUCUCGAGCAGGCCAAGGCGAUCAUCGCCGCGGUCCGAGCGCGCCCGUCCUCCUCAUCGAGCACCGCCACGCCGCCGCAGCUCGACGAGUCGACCUGGUUCUCGCUCCAGUCGUCGCGCAUCGCGUCGCACCCGCGCAAGCCCCUGUUCGUCGGCGUCUUCCAGAACGCCCCCUUGUCGACCGUCCUGCACGCCGUCGACACCCUCGGCCUCGACCUCGUCCAGCUGCACGGCUCCGAGCCCGCCCACUGGGCGCGCCUCUUGCCCGUGCCCGUCAUCCGCGCGUUCCACGUCGCGCCUGGCCCCGAGACGGCCGAGCAGCAGCGCGAGCUGAGCGAGGCGAGCCGGCCAGGCCUGCACGCCUUGCCGCUCCUCGACACGGCCGUGUCGCCGCUCCCGGGCGCACUGAGCGGCGGCGCCGGGCGCACGUUCGACUGGAGCGUCGCGAGGCGACUCGUCGAGUCGGGCCAGGGCGGCGAGCCGGGCCAGGCGGGCCACAGGCUCCCCGUCAUGCUCGCUGGCGGGCUCGACGCCGGCAACGUGCAGGACGGCGUGCGCACCGUGCGGCCGUUCGCGGUCGACGUCAGCGGCGGCGUCGAGACGGCGGGCGAGAAGGACCUUGACAAGGUGAGGGAGUUUGUGAGGCUCGCAAAGGAGGCGUAGAGCGAGUUCUCGAGGGGGAGGAGGCCUGAGCGCAGGGCGCGCACAAUGCAACUCGUCGUCUAUCUCGCUCUUCUCUC